AUGGCCGCAACGUCGCGCAUCGACAUUUGUAUCGGUACGUUGGGCAGAUCUGGUGGGCACCGCCCGACAAAAGGAGACCCAGGACGCCUCUCCAGCCGAAAAGGAACCCGAAACUUGGCCAGCAGUGCUGGAAUCCCGACCUAUAUCGCACUCAUCAUCCUCCUCACCGUCGUUGAUCCCCAUCAGACCCAGGUCGGGCAAGGGUUGAGAGCCCUUUGCGUACGAAGGAAUAUGGGGAAGUGUUUCUGGCCACAGGUCCUUCCGCAGGCUGACUUGAGGAAUCGAAUAUACGACGCGGAACCUGAGCUGGCUCAUCUGCCAAACCCGUCGUCCGCGACCGGGCAUUUUACCAUAUACGACCGAGUCACACAAUCGGAUCAGUUGGCCGGUGAGCAAAUACUGUUGCAGCACCUGCAUCAUGGCCACGAACAUGGCGAGGAUCGCGACCACGAGGGCCGCGACCGUGGCAGCGGUGGAUGA